AUGGAGGCGGAUUGGGACGAGCUAGCAAUCGUCCAACUCCCACCCCCCGGGCCACAUCUCCCGCCCGUGCCCAUCUCGACCUUCGCCUUCGACACGACCCAGGAGCUGCUGUGGACAGGCAACAACCAUGGCCGCGUCACGUCCUUUUACGGCCCUCACCUCGAGCGAUACACGUCCUAUCGAGGACACGCACCUCCCGACGGGCCCGUCAAGCAAUUCCUCUUCUCCGACAAGGGCAUCCUCUCCGUCGCCAAGCAGAGCGUCCACUACUCGCACCGCCGCGGCCUCACCCACUGGCACCUGACAAGCCCCGAGUUCAAAGACCUGCGAUGCAUGAACUUCACCUCCAAGGGCACCCGCGAGAUUCUCGUCGCCGGGUGCCAGGAUCACAUGUUCAAGGUGGACGUCGACAAGGGCAUCAUCACAGAUACGCUGCCUGCCGACGCCCAGUAUACCAUCAUGAAGCGCGCCGGCCAAUAUCUCUGCGCUGCCACCAAGAACGGCGGCAUCCACAUCAUCGAUUCCAACUCGCUGUCCGUCAUCAAGGUCUUUGAAGGCCACACAAGCAGCAUCAGUGACAUGGACGCAAAGGGCGAUUUUCUCGCAACAUGUGGCUGGUCGCCUAGGCAGCAAUUCGCCUUUAUGCUCGACCCCUUUACAAACGUCUUUUCCCUCAAAACGCUGAAACAACUACCUCCAAUCCCCUUCCAUACCGGUGCAGCCUUUGUUCGCAUGCAUCCCCGCAUGUCCACUACAGCAUUUAUAGCCUCGCAAAACGGUCAGAUGCAGGUCAUUGACCUUAUGAACCCAGACUCGGCGAACCUGAGGCAGCUGAAUCUCUACGAAUCCUAUCUGACUGGCUUCGAGAUGGCGCCGUCUGGCGAGGCCGUGGCAUUGGUCGACUCCAACUCCCAUCUCCAUCUAUGGGGUUCUCCGGCAAAGGUCCACUUUCCAGAAUACAGCAACCCAACAGAGACUGCAGACCACAACAUUCCACCACCCCCGACAAUGGAUUGGAAUCCGGAUACCCCAUUGAAUACAGUCGGCAUGCCCUACUACAAGGAACAACUGCUCUCAAGCUGGCCAAGUCAUCUGGUCUUUGAAGUCGGCGCCCCUCCCCCAAAGAUUGACAACGCAAUACUCAACAACAUGACGCGCGCUGAGAUUGGCUUCUUUGCCAAGAAUCCAAAAACAAAGCGUAGAAAUCAGGCUGAAGCAACGCGGCACGUGGACAGAGUGAGCGAAUCACUGUCCGCGCCCAAAUUCCUGAGCGAAAAGACCCGGGCUUCGCAGUCCUUGACGGAACCCGACUCAAAAGUUACCGAGACAAUGGAGACGCUGACUGAUCUGCACCUCGACGACGUGACUAGGAGAGAUGUGCCUGCCAUGUAUGGAAAUGUCGAGAUCAAGUACAGCAAGUUUGGUGUCGACGACUUUGAUUUUGCGUACUAUAAUCAGACAUCUUACUCUGGCCUUGAAACGCACAUUACCAACUCGUACGCCAACUCACUGUUGCAGAUUCUCCGCUUCACGCCAUUGAUCCGAAACCUGGCGCUCCAGCAUACUGCAUCUCCAUGCCUCUUUGAGUCUUGUCUUCUCUGCGAGCUGGGCUUCCUGAUAGACAUGCUUGAGAAAGCUGCUGGGCUCAACUGCCAAGCUUCCAACUUUCUCAAGACGUUCAGUGGGCUUUCAAACGCCGUUUCAUUGAAUUUGCUUGAAGAGUUUGCCCCAAAUGUGGCCCUCGCAAACAUGAUUCAGAACCUGAAUCGCUUCCUGCUGGAGAAGAUAUCGGACGAGUUCCGGCAGAUGCUGCCCAGCCACCCUGGACCAUCCGCAAUGGACCAGGUUCUGGAGACGCAGGCCAGAGCAAGCAUGCGAUGCGCACAAUGUAACAACGAGACGAUCCGCGGGGGUAAAAACUUUGUCAAUGAGCUCGUGUACCCUGCCAAGCAUGUCAUGAAGAAUACUCGGAUACCACGCCCUACAUUCUCGCAGAUCCUAAAGGCCAGCGUCGAGCGACAAGACCAGACUAGGGGUUGGUGCACAAAAUGCAAUCGCUACCAGCAAAUGGUACAACGCAAAACCAUACAGUCGAUUCCUGGUGUGUUGAUGUUGAACGCAGCUAUUCAGAGCCAUGAGGCGAAGCUGCUGUGGUCCAUACCCAACUGGCUGCCACAAGAAAUCGGCAUCAUAGUAGAUCAGGGCCAAUUCUUCUGCUUCGAGGGUCAGGACUUGAAGCUCCACCUUCAGCGUGGCGUGCAUCAAAUCAUGGUGUACGAGCUUGUCGGUGUCGUUGCGGAUAUCAAUAGCGGAGAGCACCAGAAACCGCAUCUGGUGGCGACCAUCAACACGGCGCCGUCAUCACGCGAACAAGACCACGAGGACAAAUGGCACCUUUUCAACGACUUUUUGGUGAGACCGAUACCAAAGGAAGAAGCUCUGCGCUUCGAGCCAAGCUGGAAGCUUCCGUCGGUCUUGACAUUCCAGCUAAAAUCGGCCCGCAACAAGAUUGACGACUCCUGGAAAGACAACCUGGACACAUCCAUUCUGUAUCGCUGGUGGUCAUCCAAUCCGACACCCGCCGAGUCCAAGUUCAAACUGCUCGACCAUGCUGCGGAAGCGCCACGUCCUGGAUAUCCCGUCGCCAUUGACGCCGAAUUCAUCCGAUUGCAAGCCGAAGAAAUCGAAAUGAAGGCCGAUGGCACGCGGCAAACUAUUCGCCCUGAUCGCAAAGGCCUCGCACGCGUUUCUGUCUGCCGCGGUGAGGGUGAGCAUGCAGGCCUCCCUUUUAUUGACGACUAUAUCGCUGUGACCGAGCAAGUCGUGGACUAUCUUACAGAGUGGUCUGGCAUAUCUCCCGGUGACCUUAAUCGCGAAACGUCGCCCCACGCGCCCGUCUCCCUGAAGCAUGCCUAUAAGAAGCUCUGGCUGCUGCUCAACCUGGGCUGCGUGUUUGUAGGCCACUCACUCGCAAACGACUUUCGAACAAUCAACAUUCACGUUCCCAAGAAUCAGGUAGUCGACACUAGCAACCUGUGGUUCAAGCCUGAUUUCAAGCGCAAACUGAAUCUGAAGUUUCUGGCUUGGUGUGUGUUGAAAGAGAGUAUCCAAGAGAAGACGCACGAUUCCAUCGAGGAUGCAACAACGGCACUGAAGCUGUGGCGCAAAUGGCAGGAGUUUGAGGAUGCGGGCGUCUUGGAGCAGAUGUUGAAUGAUGUAUACGCAAAGGGAAGCUUGGUUGGUUUCAAGGCUCCAGGUAGCGGAGGCAAAAAUGUCGGAAAUAGUGGUCAUGGUGCAAAGCCGCCGGCGGGGAGUGCCAACGACACGCCAGAACCCAUGACAACACCAAAGAAGGGGGGCAGCCAGUUUGGCAGUGUAGGGUUCCGCAGUCCCCUCCGGCGUUAG